AUUGGGCGGAAUGUAGAAGUGUCAUUGCACCGGCGCCAAGCUUGGUUAUUUCGUCUCGCUAAUUCGUCGUAUCGAUUAUCUUCGUUUACCAUAUAUAACAGAUCGUUUUCACUUAAAAACAAACGAACAAUAAGAGCAAAGAUUAUACAUGGAGAAAACUUUGAAAUGUAAAAUAGUUGUAUGGAGAACUAUUUAUUUGUGAAAUUUAUUUACCAAAUGUCAAAGAAUAGCCCAAUAUCAAAGAAAUAAAAUAGAAUGGACUCUGCUACAGAGCUGGAACAUAUAGACAAGUUAAUGAAAGAAGCAGAAUGCUUAAAGAUUCGUUUGGAGGAUGAACGACAGAAAUUAAAUGAUAUCACCCUUGCCAGUGUAGCUGAUAGACUUGAAAUAAUUAAUUGUAUAAAUGUAAAACCUAGACGUAUUUUGAAAGGACAUCAAGCCAAAGUUUUAUGCUCUGACUGGUCUCCUGACAAACGCCAUAUUGUUUCUUCUUCACAGGAUGGAAAAAUGAUUAUAUGGGAUGCUUUCACUACAAAUAAGGAACACGCUGUUUGUAUGUCAACUAGAUGGGUGAUGGCAUGUGCUUAUGGCCCUAGUGGUACUUUAGUAGCAUGUGGUGGAUUGGAUAACAAAGUUACUGUAUAUCCACUAAGUUUGGAGGAUGAUGUUUCAGCUCAUAAGAAAACUGUUGGCACUCAUACAUCAUAUAUGUCUUGUUGUGCAUUUCCUAAUAGCGACCAGCAAAUUUUAACAGGUAGUGGAGACAGCACAUGUGGCUUAUGGGAUGUGGAAAGUGGGCAAUUAUUGCAAAGUUUCCAAGGCCACUCCAGCGAUGUCAUGUCUAUUGAUUUAGCACCCAGUGAAACCGGAAACACAUUUGUGUCAGGUGGUUGUGAUAAAAUGGUUUUAAUCUGGGAUAUGCGCAGUGGCCAAUGUGUGCAAAGCUUUGAGGGACAUCAAUCUGAUGUUAACUCAGUGAGAUUUCAUCCAGGAGGUGACGCAGUAGCGACAGGAUCGGACGAUGCUACUUGCCGUUUGUUCGAUUUACGUGCAGACAGAGAAGUUGCAGUGUAUGCAAAAGAAAGUAUAAUAUUCGGAGUAAACGCGGUCGAUCUCAGUAUAAGCGGGCGUUUGCUUUUCGCCGGAUACAACGAUUACGCGGUGAACGUGUGGGACACUCUGAAGUGUCAACGAGUGGCAUUGUUGUACGGGCACGAAAAUCGUGUCUCCUGUCUAAGAGUUUCACCGGAUGGCACUGCUCUCUCUACUGGUAGCUGGGACUCGACUUUACGAGUUUGGGCUUAG